AUCCAGGGAAGGGAGGUGGCUGGGGGCUUGGGGCUGGAACUAGUACAGCAGGAAGCCGUCAGUGUCUGAAGGUGUUGCUCAAAUGGAACUGGUUGAGUGAGCACCUCCAAUCUAGAGAGGGGAGAAGGGAGUGUGAUCUAGAAGGAAUAACUGCAUGCUUCCAGGAUGACAAAGAUGCUCGGGUUUUCAAACGGACUAGAUUUGGAAGAAGUGGGAAGCAUGGGAGGUCGGAGGAUGGUGAGAGAUGAAGAGAGCGCCUAUGGUUUGGAAGAGGACAGCCAGUCCUGCCAGGUGCCCAGGCUGAGGCUCGUCUUGGUUGGGAGGACAGGAGUCGGGAAGAGCGCCACGGGGAACAGCAUCCUGGGCCAGAGAAGGUUCCUCUCCAGGCUUGAGAGCUCGGCGGUCACCAGAACCUGCUCCAUGGCCAGCUGCAGGCGGGCCAGGUGGCACGUGGACGUCAUCGACACCCCAGACAUUUUCCACUCCCAAGUCCCCAAAACAGACCCAGGAGGUUUGGAGAGAGGUCGCUGCUACCUGCUCUCGGCCCCAGGGCCCCAUGCGCUGCUCCUGGUGACCCAGCUGGGCCGCUACACGGCCCAGGACCAGGAGGCGGUGAGGAAGGUGAAGGAGAUGUUCGGGGAGGGCGUGAUGGCUUGGACAGUCGUGGUCUUCACCAGGAAGGAGGACCUGGCCGGGGGCUGCCUCCAGGACUACGUGCGCUGCACAGAGAAUCGGGCUCUGCGGGAACUGGCGGCCGAGUGCGGGGGCAGAAUCUGCGCCUUUGACAACCGAGCCACCGGCCGUGAGCAGGAGGCCCAGGUGCAGCAGCUGCUGGGCCUGGUGGAGCGCCUGGUCAGGGAGAACGGAGGUGCCCACUACACCAACGAGGAGUACGGUGUGCUGCAGGCCCUGCACUGGGCCAGCCCCGAGGAGCGUCUCCGAAGGGUGGCAGAGAAGGUGGCGGCCCGCAUGCAGAGGUCCAGGGGCUCCUGGCUGCUGGCCCGGCUGUGGGAGUGGCAAAAGUUGCUCAGGAACCACUGGAGACUGGGCCUGGCCCUCCUCCUGGGGGGUGCCUGUCUGCUCUACUUGCUGUUCUACAGGCACCAGCCUGAGCCCUCGGCUGAGGUCCAUUCUGAUUGACAGAUUGACCAGGUCACUUGCUGGUCUCAUUGCUCCGUCUCUGUUGCUUGGUGUUCUGUACCAGGGCCCACGCUGACCCCUCCUUUCCCUCCACACCCAUAAACUUCCAGCUGGAGAGUCGUGUCCUGGCCCCCUCCCAGCCAAAGCCUUUCCUGGGACCUGGCCCUCCCUGUGCUGGCCCCUUGCUGCAGCUAAAACGACCACUCUCACUCUUGCCUAUUUUCCUGACACCAGAUUGCCUUUCCCUGCCAUCAGUCAUCUUCUCUCCUGAAUACAGAUGAGGAAUGUUUGUCCUCUCAGGCCCCAUGUAUCCCACAGGGACAAAGCCAAGGACCAAGACAAAGAGAAACCUAGCACCCUCGUGUUUAUUUGAAUUGAAUACGUUAAUUCCAAAAAUAAAUGCACUGUGGGAUCACAUUGUCUUAAAGGAA